UUUCCUUACCUCGGGGAAACUGUGGCCGCGGCGGUGUCUGGGGGCCGUCCGUUGUGAAGACACUUGGAUUUUGCAAAAUGGCUCUGAAUUCUGUCCGCCGGGGAAUUUGCCUCUCCACCCGAAGAUAUCUCAGCGUAUCAGCCACACAAUGUGACAAAAUGAUGCCGGACCCGUUCGAGCACGCGACCGGUUUCGAGAAGCAGGAGAUGCUCGCCCGGCGGGCGGGAAACAAUGAUCCGUUCGACAUGGGCCUCUACUACCGCGGCGCCGGCACCAAGGACAACCCGAACCUGAUCCCGUCGCGGUUCGAGUGCCGCAUCGUCGGCUGCGUGUGUGAGGAGGACGCCACCUGCGUCAACUACAUGUGGCUGAAGGCCGGCGAGCCCAAGCGCUGCGAGUGCGGUCACUGGUUCAAGCUGGUGGAGGGCAAGCCGCUGCCGGCGCUGGAGUAGCGGCGGCUGCGGUGGCAGCGUGUCCGGGAGGAGGCGCCGCGCGGCCCGGGCUCCCCCGGGCCCGCGGCCACUGUGAGGUGUACACAAGCGAGACAUGUGGUGUGAACGAAAUAUAGUCUUAUUGCGUGUAGCUGGCGGUGGCCCGGCUGUCGGCGACUUGUGUAGCCGGCGCAGCCGAGCACGUGUUCAGCAGAGCCGUGGUGUGAGUGUCACCGGGAAUACACGAUGAUCGGCUCUUGUA